AUGUACCUGACAGCCCCCGCAGAAAACCGGAAACUCUUAUGGCAUACGUACAGCGCCCAAGCGUACGGCAUCUAUCACGGUGAUCUGGACUUCUUUUUCAACGGCUGGGAUGACCGUGGUCGGGUUGAGAAGAUCAACACAAGGAAAUGUCCCAUCUAUUUCCUCACCGGUGAGUAUGAUUGGAGUAAUACUCUGGAAAUAAGCGAAGCUACAGCACAAAAGAUUCCCGGUGCGAAGUUGAAGCGAAUGCCGGAAAUCGCAACUCUAACGUUUCAAUUCCUUCCUCUUCGCGGAGGACGUGUUCACCACAGAUUGCAGCCAGAACACACAAUUUCCUCAACUUAUACCCAAAUUCUGGCCUCCAACAUCGCAGCACCACCCAACAUGUAUUCCCCUACAGUCGGCACCCGGGUCGAGGAUCUCGACACACCAUCCAUGAUCGUGGAUCUCGACCUCGCCGAAGCCAACCUCAAGAAACUCAUGGGCCAACUUCUUCCCACGGGCCUAAACAUUCGCCCGCACCUGAAAACAAGCAAGAGCGCCAUAGUGGCCAAGAAGAUGGCCCAGGCGGGUGCAAAAGGAGGCUGCGUCGCGAAAGUGAGCGAAGCAGAAGCGAUUGCCGCGGCCGGGUUCGACGACCUCCUAAUCACCUGCGAGAUAGUCGGUGCGGCGAAGGUGAAGAGGCUGGUGGAGUUGUUUCGCAAGCACCGAUCAAUUCGCAUCGUGGUGGAUAGCGAAGUCGGCGCGACCGCGAUCAACGAAGCCUUGGCGAGUUCGGCCAUCGACGACCCCAUCAUGGUGCUUAUCGAUUUGGACGUCGGACUGCACCGGACGGGCGUGAAGCCGGGAGAUGCGGCUCUGGCUCUGGCGCGACAUGUGAGCGGCUUGAAACAUUUGAACCUGAUCGGCGUGCAAGGUUAUGAAGGGCAUCUGCAGCAUUUGCACGACAAGGAGGAUCGGAAAACGCAGUGUCUCGAAUCAAUGGCUAUUCUGACUAGCACGGCGGACGCGCUACGCAAGGCAGGUCAUAAUAUCGAGGUGGUCACGACCGGUGGAACAGGUACGGCUGAGUUCUGCGCCACCGUGCAGGGCGUGACGGAGUUACAGCCAGGGUCGUUCAUCUUCAUGGAUACGGAUUACCGAAACGCCGUAGGGCGAUUUUACUCGAACAGUCUGACCAUUCUCUCGACCGUCGUCAGCAAACAGGGACCACGGGCUGUGACGAUUGAUAGCGGGCUGAAGUCAUUGACCACGGAUAGCGGAUUGGCGGAGUGCAAAGAUCCUCGGUAUGAGUAUGGGGUUUUGGGUGAUGAGCAUGGCUCCUUGACCUGGGAGGUUGGCACGCCAGAUCUUUUGGUGGGAGACCGUGUGGAAAUGGUCCCAAGCCAUAUCGAUCCGACGGUGAAUCUGCAUGAUUUUUAUUACGUCCAUCGCGGUGGCGUGGUUGUGGAAAUUUGGCCGGUCGAUUCGAGAGGAAAGGUUCAAUAG